AAUUCCUGUGCAGGGAAAACAAAAUUCUUUACUUCUUUUCCUUCCAUUCCAUCAUCAAUUUCUUAAAUUCCAUAACCAACCGUUUUUUUCUUCUCACACAAUAAAUAAACCAUUUAUUUAUUCAUUUAUUAAAUUAAUUACCGCGUGCGUUCCACCUCUUACGAUAAAAAAAAGGAGAAUGUUAACAUGUGCAUAUAUGGCACAUGUUAAGGUAGUAAAAAUAGAAAUUAUGUCUUAGAAUUUGUGCAUUUUUAACUUUUCAAGCAUUAAAUGUCUUGUAUCAUUAAAUGUUAAAUUUCUAUAUUAAGAUACUUUAUCAUGUGCCCUAUAUGCACAUGUUAACAAGACCCUAAAAAAAAUCGUGUAAAAUAAAAACAUGUUUUAUACUAGUCCUCAAAAAAAAAAAAAUAAUAAAAAACAAUUUUCAUCUUCUCUCCCUUGUCCCAACGCAACUGCAAGAACAAUAGUAAAUGUUUCAAAAUUUCAACGUAGUGUUUCAAUUUCAAUUUCUUCACCAUCAUCGUUGUGAUUCUAAACACUCACUUCAAUCUUUGAAAUUUGCGUGCGUGUGAGCUACGUCACAUGCAUAUCUCACUCUCAUCUCCAAAUUUCCACUUCUUUGGUAAUCUAACACAAUUCUUUUUUGAUUCCGUUAAAUUUCCGACUAAUCCUUACCGUGAUCGUCACUAUCGCCGCCGUAAUCGCCGCCGUAUUACGGCGGAGGAGUCUACUCUCUUUUUUAUUUAUUUUUCUGGAUAAAUGCGUGUUACAGUGGAUCUAGGGUUUUCUUCUUUGCUUUUCGCGGCUUUAAUUUGUGUCAUUUUGCCGGCGAUCGGUUUCUUCAUACGUUAUAAGUGGCGGCGUGCGGCGGAGAGGGCGGAGGAGAUUAAGAGACUGUUGAUUCUCACGGCUGAGGAAUCUGCCAGGGCUGAGCGUGAGGCGGCAGCUUCGUAUCAAUAUGUUGUUGCUGCGAAUUCGUAUCAAUAUCAAAACGGUGCCGUUUCAGCUUCGUCUCAAUACGUUUCACCGAAUUCGCAUCAAAACGGCGCCGCUUCGGUUGAUAAGAGCAAUCAAUGUGUAGUGUGUUUUUCUCCCACCACUACAAGGUGUGCAAGGUGCAAAGCAGUUCAUUACUGUUCUGGUAAGUGCCAAAUUGCUCAUUGGCGUCAAGGUCACAAAGACAAAUGUCAUCCUCCCAGCACAGCUCGCCAGACUGAUGAUUUGGUAAGCAAUAUUAGUAAGAAGCUAGCCAAGCCAGACCGUCGUGGAUUCAAUGAUGAGAAGUCUCGGAUUGAAAGUACAGAGAUUACAAAAUCCUCUGAGAAACCCCCAUUGUCUGAUAUAAAACGUUCUCCCAAAUUUUCUUGUGUAGGGACUGAUAAUGCUAGAGUUGAGUCUCCUGCAGAGGAAAAUAUCGCAGACUCUAAUUCUGAAUUAUCAUGUAACUCAUUUUCUGGAUUCUCUGCUUCCACUGGUGCUAAUGGAUCAUCAUCAUCUGAUGAUUCAUCUGUUUGUGAGAGUAUCAUAUCAAAUGAGCAUGAGAGAUCCGAGGGACCUAUUUCUACUGACCACACUUUUGACGUCUCUGACAACACAUCAAAUGGUCAUAGCAUUGGUGCAACCAUCCCAUUGUCACCUAAGUUUGCUAGUUUGGUUGAUUCAGCUAGACCUGGUAUUGGUAAAGAAGAGAUUAAGCUCACAUCAAAUGAUAGUUCAGGUUUGAUGAUGCAGAAAGGGGGAACAGAGCCUUCUAAAGUGUCGUAUGGAUUUUGGAAUGGCACUCUUGAUUCAAAUGGGGUAAAAGAUGACUCUUUUGGUGACCCUCUUCUAUCUCACUCUAAUGAACCUGUUACGAAGUCUGUUGGGAAAAAUAUGCCAAACAUAGGAUUAGGAUCUUCCAAGAAUGAAGGUCUUGAUUCUACUCGUUAUACAGAUGCUUCAAGCAUCCAUAACUUGCACACUGUUGGCUCUAAGGUAUCAAAUCAUGUUGUGAUCAACCCUGGAAGCAGCUUGAGAUCUGCUGAAAUUAGUUGUCUUCCAUGUACAUCUGCCGAAACUAAGUUAGUUUCUAGAGCUGUAGAGGAGGAGCAUUUACAUUACAGUUCAAAAUUUAUGAACAAUGGUACCCAUUCUGGCACUGGUAAUUCAUCCCAGGUUGCUAAUUGCUCUCCAACUUCCAAGGAUGGCCUUAAAACAUCUGUUAUGAAAGUUGUUGAUCAGUUUAGAGGAUCAAAUAUGUCCAAACACUUUCCAAUAGCUGUUGGAAGUGAUGUUGCUGUAAAAUACAGUGAAAAGGGUCUUUUUCCAUAUGAUUUGUUUAUCAAACUUUAUAACUCGAACAGAGUGGAGGUCCAACCAUUUGGUCUUACAAAUUGUGGAAACAGCUGUUAUGCGAAUGCUGUACUCCAGUGCUUGGUAUUUACACCACCAUUGACUGCAUAUUUGCUUCAAGGGCUUCAUUCUAAAUCAUGUGUAAAUAAAAAAUGGUGUUUCAUCUGUGAGUUUGAAAGUUUGAUUUUGAAAUCAAAAGACACAAAAUCUCCCCUCUCACCUAUAGGCAUACUCUCUCAACUACAGAAUAUUGGAAGUCAACUUGGUAAUGGAAGAGAAGAAGAUGCGCAUGAAUUUCUAAGGCAUGUGAUUGAAACAAUGCAAUCUGUUUGUCUUAUGGAAUGUGAGGCUAAUGCAUCAGACUCAUUAAAAGAACAAACUAAUUUAGUGGGUCUUACAUUUGGAGGGUACCUGCGAUCAAAGAUAAAAUGCAUGACAUGUGGAGGGAAAUCUGAGCGUCAAGAAAGGAUGAUGGAUUUGACUGUUGAGAUAGAAGGAGAGAUAGCAUCCUUGGAGGAUGCCCUUAAACAGUUUACAAGCAUCGAAACUCUGGAUGGAGAAAACAAGUACCACUGUGUCAGAUGUAAAUCUUAUGAGAAGGCCAAGAAGAAAAUGGCAGUUUCAGAGGCACCUAAUGUUCUUACUAUAGCAUUGAAGAGAUUUCGGUCUGGAAAAUAUGGGAAGCUCAAUAAGCCAAUUCAGUUUCCUGAAAUACUUGACUUAGCUCCUUUCAUGAGUGGAACUAGUGAUUUGGCUAUAUACAGGCUGUAUGGGGUCGUUGUGCACUUGGAUACAAUGAAUGCUUCUUAUUCAGGUCACUAUGUGUGUUAUGUGAAGAAUUUCCAGAACAGUUGGUUCAAGAUUGAUGACAGUGUGGUGACGCCUGUUGAAUUGGAAACAGUAUUAACAAAAGGCGCAUACAUGCUUCUUUAUGCUAGGUGCUCACCUAGGGCCCCAAGAUUAAUCAGGAACAUGAUAGUGUCCUCAGAUUCAAAAACCAAAUUGAAUGGAAAAACUAUCAUAAUGAAGUACAAACAUGCAUCAACACAUUCUGGUUCCACUGAAUACAUGACUAAUUCAGUUUCUGGUACAUAUGAUUUACCCGCCUUAGAGACAAUCAAUUCGAAGUUCCAUCGCAUGAAAAGUAUCAUGGAAGAAGACUCAUCAAGUGAUAAUUCAUCCCUCAUCAGCAAUAAUUCAGACGAUUGUUCUUGCAGCACUGAUAGCACUUAUGAUUCAACAAGUACCGACGAAUUUGCAGAUUAUAUUUUUGGUAAUUCAGGACGAGUUGGGGGCGGCACUUCCACCGCAUGUUCAAGAGUGGGGAUCGACGGUCUUUUGUAUUGGAGUAGACCCGUGGAUGUUGAAAGGAGUGAUAAAUGUGUUUCUCAUUUGCAUCACAACACAAGUAUAGAGCAUAGUAAGUUAGAUACAUGUAGGAGUAGUUUUAGGCAGAGUAAUUCUUUUGAGAGAGCAGGAUCCAAUGAUUUUAGCUAUAUAAAUUCUGGUGUAACACAUAGAAAGACAAGAGAAACAAAGGAUUGAAAUAUUUGAUUACCAUACAAAAGUUGAGAGCCCCUAAUUGAUAAAUAAUAGUGGGGAUUCUCUAUACUAUGAAUUUUUUGCA